AUGGCCGCCCACCGCAUGAGCGCCCGCCUCUCUGGCCUCUCGCCAGAGCAGCUCCUCGCCUUCAUCGACGAGCAGGCGCCUCUCUGGAGCGACGCCGCGGUGCGCGUGGCGGAGGAGCACGCACGGCUCGUGGAGCAGCCCGAGUGGAUCCUCUCCGAGGUCCUCCUCUCGCCGGACCUCGCCCCGCACAUCCUCGCCCAGCUGCCGACCAAGGAGCACGCCGUCAAAGGGACGUGCCGCGCGUGGCGCCGCGGUUGGAAGCAGACGCUGCGCGCCCGCACCGGCGGCGGCGAGGUGGACGAGGAGCCCGUGCCGGUCGCGGAUGGCUUCGACGCGCGCAUCUUUGGCGCGCGCGUCGUCGGCCAGGUCUCCACGCUGACGCUCGAGGGCGAGGACGGCCCUCUAUCGCUCGGUCCGGUUGGCGUCGCGAGCGACCACGCGGGCGCCUGGUACGUCGCGACCAAGGACUCGCUGCUGCACGUCUCGACGGCCGGGCGUGUGCGCCGCGUGGCAGCCUUGCCGGCAAGUGACGACUACUACUACACCGCUGCCGCCAGCCCGGACGGGAGCGCGGUUUUUGUGGCCGACUUCAGCGGCCACGAGAUCCGGCGGGUGGAGGUGGCGACGGGAGAGGUGACGACGAUCGCGGGAAGUGGCACCAGAGGCAGCACUGAUGGCGUGGGCGACGCGGCGGAGUUCAACAACCCAUGUGGCAUCGCCAUCAGCUCCGACGCGAGUGCAUUGUUUGUGGCUGACCAUGAGAACCACAAGAUCCGGCGGGUUGAGACGAUCGCGGGCAGCGGCGCCAGUGGCAGCACUGAUGGCGUGGGCGACGCGGCGCAGUUCUACAACCCACACAACGUCGCCAUCAGCCCAGACGGCGGCGCGCUGUUCGGCAUGGUCACCUUCCUGGUCGGCGACGACGAGGAGCGCGUCGAGCACGUCACCAAGGCCAACCUCUGCGCCCGGUCCCCAGUCUUUCGGACCAUGUUUGGCAUCGGCAUGAAGGAGCGCGACGCCGCCGAGGUCACGGUGGCCCACACCGACCCCGCCAGCUUCACUGCCCUCAUCGACUACCUCCUCUCCGACAAGUUCGACCUCGGCGAGGAGGCGGGCGGCAGGGCGCAGCGCGCGCUCGACCUGCGGGAGCUGGCGCAGAUGUAUCAGGUGCCGCGCCUCGAGCUGCUCUGCGCGCAGGCGCUGCAGGAGAGCGUCGCGCCGGCGACCGCCGUGCCGCUGCUCGAGGCGGCGCACACGAUGGGCGACGGGCGGCUCCUCGCGCAGUGCCGCUGCUUCGUGGCCGACCACGCCGCCGAGGUGCGGGCGAGCGGCGGCGUGGAGCAGCUGCGCGACUUUGGCGUGGCCAAGGGGCUGCUCGGCGACGCGCUCGACCAGGUGGCGGAGCUCAAGGGGGCGGUGGCGGCGCGCGACGCGGAGCUCGAGAAGGUCCGGGCGGAUAAUGAGGAGCUGACCGCAGCUCUGGCAAGUCAGUUUUAG